AUGAGAAUCUAUCACGGAAAAACAGCCGCUCAACUGCAUCAUCAUCCUCCUCCUCCUCCUCCUCCUCCUCCUCAUCGAGAGGCCGAGGCGGUGUCCAUCGCUUUGCUCUGGACUCAAGAACGAGGCACACUCGACGCAGCUCAACCCGCGCACGCACAGGCUGCAAUACUUCAUAUCAGGCAACUUUUGAACGUUACAACGGUUGCGGGCACUAACAACGCCCCUUGUCUUUUUCUCUUGCUUGUAGGAAACGCCAUGUCAAAUGCGACGAGACCCGACCGGCCUGCCUCAACUCCUCAGUCUCGCUUAUCAUCGUCCAAUACAAAACUCAUCCACACGAAAAAGGCUCCUUUGCUCAUCGUCGAGCCAUCUGUCAACAGCAUCCGCUUCGCCAACAAUGACCAGCGAGACUACUUCGUCGAGUGGUCCAAUCUCUCCGUCACCUACCUUGGCGGAUUUGUGGACCAGACUCGCCUAUGGACGACCACGAUGCCUCAGGUCACGCUGGAAGACAGCACUCUGCGAUACGGCGCCAUGGCUGUAGGAGCUCUCCGAAAGGCGUAUCAAGAACAGGGCUCAGAGAUGGGGCUCGAGCUUAACAACCGGCACUACCUGAAUGCCAUUGUCUACUAUUGCGAAGCCCUUCGCAUGCAGUCCGAAAUGAAGCCCACGAAAGAAGGCCUGAGGACAGCACUGCUUUCUUCUCUGUUGUUUGUGUGCUUCGAGGCUCAGAGAGGAAACAUUCCCUCGGCUUUAAAGCAUGUCACUCACGGGUUUACAAUGCUCAACGAGCUCGCCAACUGCACUGAUAAAGCGCCCGACCUGGUCAGCAUUGCUCCCGCGCCACCGGCCUUGGUGCAAGACAUUCUCGACUGCUAUAAACCCCUCGAGUUGCAGUCAAGGUCCUUUAUGGGAUCAUACAGAAAAUACUUUCUUUCGUCACAACCUCCCGUUGGGCAAAUUAGCCAGCAUCCUUCAUCGCCUUCACCGUCUUCAUCGUCUUCCGCUACUUCUCCUUCGUCACACCUGCAACAACAAACAAGCCGCAGAAACUCCUCACUCCAACCAACAGCUAGGAGCUCCUCGAGCCAGCCGGAAACGCCUCUUGGAUUCUCUCACCAAAGCCCUCAGCCAACCGGCUUACCGAGCCCACAAAGCCAGGGCAUUCCAUCCUCACCUCAAGCCCCCCCUUUUAGACGACCGCCCGGAAUACUUCCAUUUACCAAAAACUCUCCCUACUUUCGACCAAAGCUAACCAACAUUGUCUCUUUGGACGAUAUGCCGCGUGCGUUCAAGUCGUGGGAUGAGAUGCGUGACUACUGGGGACUGGUCCAGCGCCAGAUGGUGCGCCAUGUGCCCAUGCUACAUAAACUGACCUGCGAGCUUGCUUUACACAGGACCCAUGACGUUGCCGAGAUAGAAAAGAAGUUUGGGAGUCUCAGAUCGAACCCGACUCUGGUCAAAUUCAUCGCAGAGGGCCGGUACUGGCUGCAGCGCUGGACCGAAACGUACGAGCCUAUGCAUCAAGCAAUCGUUAAAAACGCCAAAGCCGAUCGCUCUCUCUAUUUACAAGCCCUGAGCAUUCGCAUCGAGUAUCUGAUCCUGUACAUCUACACAACCGUACCACGCUACUCGAGCCUCAUCACCGUCAGAGGCCUCACUCCCCAGUAUCGAGAGAUCAACGCUCUUGCCGAAGAGCUGUUACGUUGCCGACCCAACUGCGGCUUUGCCAUGGAUGCUGGAUGGACCUGGCCGUUAUUUGUAGUCUCCUUUGGCUGCCGGAAUCGUCAAGUCAGAGAAGAAGCAAUCCGAAUACUCGGACAAUACCCCAUCCGCAACGCCCUUCGCGAUAGUCGAGUCUUUAGGGCCAUUGCCAUCAAGAACAACGAAACAGAAAUCUUCAACGAGAUCGAAGGCGACGAGGGCGAGCAGUGGAUGCGCCUCCGACGCCGCGAACUCAUCUUUGAGGACUUUGGCUCCAGCAUCAUCUUCCGGUUUGUACAAAGGGAUCCCGUCACAGGGAGUUGGGAUCUAGUGGAGGAAGUGGCCGACUAUGGCGUCGGAUCCGAUGGUCGACUGGCAUGGCGGAGGCAGCCAAUCUCUGAGUCCGAGUCGAUUCUAUCUGGCGUAUGUUGA